GCUAGUUCUUUUUCACGCCGUCGCUGCGCCACGCUGGUUGGCAGAUGGUAGUUUUUAAUAAUUCGUGAAAAAAUAAAUUAUAACUCGCGAAUAAAUCUAAACAUCACCCGCGAUGGCAAAAUUCGAUUUAACCACCCGCAUGGGGCAGUAUCUUGACCGGCAUCUUGUGUUCCCACUGCUGGAAUUCUUGUCGGCCAAAGAGAUUUACGACGAAAAUGAGUUGCUUAAGGCGAAGUUGGACAUUCUUAGUAAGACUAACAUGAUUGACUACACCAUUGACAUUAGGAAACAGCUCUAUCCCAAGGAUGAAGUGCCUGAAACCUUGAAGUCUAGGAGGGCUCAUGUUGUUUCUCAACUUCAAGAACUGCAGCAGGAAGUUGAGCCUAUCUUACAGAUUAUGGGCAAUGCUGAGGCUAUGAAGAGUAUGGAGAACCUUAGGGACUCAAAGGCUCUGAUUAACUUCUUGUCUAAGGAAUACAAUUUUGAGAUUGGAAAGAUUGAAAGCCUGCAUAAACUGGCAAAGUACCGCUACGAAUGCGGCAACUACUCAGUCUCUACUUCGUAUUUAUACUUCUGCAUGCUCGUCCUGCCUCAAAAUGACAAGAACUACCUGUCAGUAUUGUGGGGCAAGCUUGCCUCCGAAAUUCUCGGCCAAAACUGGGAGUCUGCGCUCGAAGAUUUAAACAAAUUGCGCGAGUACAUCGACUCGAGUCCCAAUCACGGCGGUAACAAUCUCCACUUGCUACAGCAGCGCACUUGGCUCAUCCAUUGGUCGCUCUUCGUCUUCUUCAAUCACGCACAGGGACGCGAACUCAUCAUUGAGAUGUUCCUCUACAGACCACACUACCUCAACGCCAUCCAGACGAUGUGCCCACACAUCCUGCGUUACUUGGCCACCGCCGUGAUUAUAAACCGCGGUCGUCGUUCAGCGUUGAAAGACCUCGUCAAGGUGAUCCAACAAGAAGGCUACACCUAUCGUGAUCCCAUCACUGAAUUCUUGGAACAUUUAUAUGUUAACUUUGAUUUUGACGGGGCGAGACAGAAGUUGCACGAAUGCCAGACAGUUGUUUUCAACGACUUCUUCCUGAUUUCUUGUUUGGAUGAGUUUGUCGAGAAUGCGCGUUUGAUGAUCUUCGAGACAUUCUGCAGGAUUCACCAGUGUAUUAGUAUUGGCAUGUUGGCUGAAAAGUUGAACAUGAAUCCCGACGAGGCCGAGUGCUGGAUUGUGAAUUUGAUUAGGAAUGCGCGGUUGGACGCUAAGAUUGAUUCCAAGCUCGGACAUGUUGUCAUGGGUGCACAACCGUUGAGUCCGUAUCAGCAGUUGAUUGAGAAGAUUGAUUCACUGUCAGUACGAUCGGAGACGCUCUGCGGCUUAAUUGAGAGGAAAAUAAAAGCCAGGACAGACAUUCGUUGGGGAAACCAAGAGUUUUAAGCAUAAGAGGAGUAUGAGUAUUGUUCUGCAACAAUUUGUAUAUGAAAAACAAAUAAAACUUUUUAUAUACAAA